CUGUGGCCAAUUCUAUUUGGCAGGAUUUUCUUAAAAAUUUCAAAUUGAAUUUAACUGGCGAGUGCUGCCACAUUUCUUGAACAAGGUGGCAGCGCUCACGGCUGUUUACGUUUCAUAGCGAAUGGCCAAACAAACAAACAAGCGCGUUUCUAAAGGAAUUGCGCAAAAAAAAAAAAGCAUUUUGGCUGAAGAUUACAAUAAAUAUGGCUGAAGAGCAAUUGAAGGCAGAUGCUGCAAAUCCCGCACCGACAUCCGCAGCCACCAACGAACCUGCAAAGACGCCAAUGAAACCAAAUCCGCCCACACUUCUCUCGGCAUCAGCAGCUGCCGAUGAUGGAGAGCAGCAGACAGAAAAGGCGGUCCAGGCUGCGGCCUACAGCAUGCGACCGGCGUUUGGGGAGAUGUUUCCUCUGCCCAUUGUGAAGAGCAUCAUGAACAGUGUCAUGGCCGAGAAACUGAAAGACAAGACAUACGACAAGGACGUGGCCAAGACAUGGACGCUCGAGAUAGCCGAUGAGGUGAAUCAGAAAAUAGCCUCCAAUCCCAAGGUGAGGCGCUACAAGCAUGUGGUUCAGGUGAUGCUUGGCCAGGAGCUCGGUGCCGGGGGCUUUUACAAUUCGCGCUGCUGCUGGGACUGCGACUGUGAUACCUCCGUCUCCGAGGUGUUCACCAAUACCAGUAUAUUUUGUGUGUGCACUGUCUUUGGCACCUAUCAGUACUGAAACAAACACGACCAGCCGGUACGACUCAACUCACCCUCACCAGAACUGAUUAGGAUAAGAAAAACCCUUACUAUAUUUAUUCUUAGCACGUUUGUGUUUGAUUUUUGUUUGUAUUGCAGAUUAGUAGGCACCAGGAAACAAGGGAACAACGACCCAACUUCGCGACCUUCGUCUUGCAUCAUUGGAUGCGCACAUUCAAUGGAUUCAGUAUGCGGCCCGCCAUCACAGCCACGUCCAGCUCUCGGUCGAUGAUGAAAAACAGAAAUGGAUGGUUCACAGAUAUCUGAAUGGGUUUCGUUUGAGCACCGUAGUUGCCUGAGAUCACAAAAAAAGGGGAAGUAGUUAUUGCACCUUUGUCUAGCUGCUACUGCGCUACUGUUGCCGCAAUCGCUGGAGUUUCAGGUGGGGCUAUGGCGAUGCACGUUGCGCGUUGCGCCUCAAUGCCUCCGUUCAGGUGUGCUGCAACUGCAGAUACUGCAAGUACUUACGCUUUAGUUGAUUGAUGGGAUGCGUACGAAUGUUUACGUCUAUCGAUUGCUCAAUGUGUCGCACGUAGACGCCUUUCUCAUCAGUCAUGGGUCGAAAAUCGGCGCGAUUUGGCUCGAAGACAUCACAGCUGCAACGAGAGAGGGAAGGGAGACCGAAAGAAAGUAAAAGUGGCAUCCAGCAUCACACGCCCCUAGCAAGCCGCUUACAUGCCCAUCUGCAACACAACCAAAGCAUAGAUAUAAAUCUCAAUAAAUGUAUUUUCACCUGGA